AUGCAACAAUCCACCGGUGCGAACGCACACUCAUCGUCUCCUCUCACUCACCAUAGAUCCAAAUCUAUAUCGUCUAUUCUAUCUCAAGCGGCUGAAGAUGUCAAGCAAAAAAUCACUGAUACUCUUUUAUACACGUAUGAAGAAUUGCCCUCUUGGCAACAAGAUAAUGAAAUGAUCCUAACAGGUUAUAUUAGAGAAACAAACUCUUGGAAACUAUGUUUACGUUCUUUAACUUUCUUCCAUAACGAAACUAUAAACAUUUAUUCUCAUGGUAUUUCUGCAGCCAUUUAUUUAUUAUUAUUAGUAUUUUUCUUUACAAAUUUAAUUUAUUUACCAAGUUUUCCCACAACUACUUUACACGAUUAUUUAGUCCUAGAUAUAUAUUUAUUAGGUGCGGCCACUUGUCUUACUCUGAGCUCAUGUUUCCAUUGUUUAAAACAGCAUUCGCAAUCACAAUCUGAUAUUUGGAGUAAGAUGGAUUAUAUAGGAAUCAUCUGUCUAAUUACAUGCUCCACAAUUUCAUUAUUAUAUUUUGGUUAUAGAGAUCAUUUCAAUUAUUUCAAAUUCUUUGCUAUAUCGACUUUUAUAUUGGCUAUCACUUGCACAGUUUUUGUCACUAUGGAAAAAUUUAAUACAAGAGAUUGGAAACACGUUAGAGCUUUAUUCUUUAUUGCUUUUGCAGGUAGUGGACUUAUCCCUUUAAUUACAGGUAUUAAUAUAUUUGGAUUUCCUGAGGUUUGGCAAAGAGUUCAAUUACCUUCACUCACUUUAGAACUGAUUUGUUAUGUUAUUGGUGCCUUAUUAUACGGUUAUAGAAUACCAGAAGUUUUCGCACCAGGGAAAUUCGAUAAUAUUGGAAAUUCUCAUCAAUGGUUCCACAUCUUUGUUGUCUUAGGUUCUUUAUUACAUUUAAGAGCUUUAGUAGGUUCUUAUUAUUUUAUGCAUUCUUUUCUCCUAGCUACUAGGAAGCAAAAAUUAUAA